CAUACUGGUUUUCAUCAAUGAUCAUCAAUGAUAGUAGUAAAACAAGUGAAGUAUCGUCUGCUUGUUGCGAUAAAUUUAAAGUAGAACUACAAAAGACUUUAAUACAACUCAGUUCAGCACAAAAAAUUAUUGAACUGCUACAAGGAAAGAUAAAUACGCCCAAUGGGACCGUACGGAAGAUUCGGUGUAAACCUUUGAGAGCUGAAGAUAUAGAACCGGAUAGUCAGUGGGCUCAUGAUCUUGGGUCUUGCUCCUCUAGGGGGAAGUUGACAUGCUGCAGGUGGCGAUCCCAGUGAAAUGGAGAAUGUUAAAGUGAGACAUGAAAUAGACAGUGGUGCUGUGGAAGCUGGGAAUGUUCCAGGACUUCGAGAGGGAGAUCAUUGAAGAGAAGAAACGUCAGGAAGAAGAGGGCAAACAUGGAACUUGGAAAGAAGUUCAGAUUGGCGGGUCAUUUGCAGAUUCUUUAUGUUUGAAUACAAACCUAUGCUCUCCACUACUCAUGAGAGGACUGCUGACUGCUGAAGUACCAAUCUUGGACGUGGAACCUGAUGUAGGUGUAGGAGUUGCAGUUGCAGUCAGUAAGGGUUAUACAGAGCACAAGGAUGUGAAUAAGCCAUCAGCUUCACGUUUUGCUCAACUCCAAGAUCAGAAAUACUCCACUGAGGAUAAGACACACAAAGAUGAUGAAAAAUUUGGGCGUUGUGAGUGCUACAGUGGUCUAACCUCAGACUUCAAGAGGAGGAGGACUACAAACAAGAUGUCAAACUCGACUACAUAGAUGCUGGUGGACAUAUGCUCAAUGCAAAGGAGGCUUUCAGAUACCUGUCUCAUAAAUUUCAUGGAAAGGGACCUGGCAAAAAUAAAGCAGAGAAACAAAUAAAGAAAAAUGAACAGGAAAGAGUGAGUAUCAGCCCAAAUCUGGUCAUUAG